UAGAGUUACCCCCUUUUAAACCAAUAGCAGAGACUCUAAUACUCUCUGCCAAUAGAGUCUAGUAAUAGUGUGUGUAGAUCUAGAUCUAGUAGUGUAGCCUACAUCUAUCUAUGAUCUAGAAUCUAGAUAUAUAUAGAUCUAGACUCUUGAUCUACCUGCUAGAUCAAGGACCUGGAUACUGUAUAAAGAAGAGUUGCAAUCAUCACCACUAUGGAAAUUGGGACAGAAUAUUCCUCUUGGCAGAGUUUCCUGUCUGCACUGGAGUAUUAUUCAAAAACCAACAAGGUUUUGUACAUUAUUGGCACCUGCAAAUCAGUUGAAUCUGCUAACAAAAAUGAUUCACUUGUGGCGAAAUUUCCAGUGAAGUUCAAAUACUGCUUUGCGCGAAUGGUGUGCAACCAUUUUGGGAGCUACAAAAGUCGCAGUUCAGGAGCACGACAAAAUCAGUCAACAUGUAAGACUGGCUGCAGGUCGUCUGUCCUGGUGUCUGUGAACAAGAGUCGAACAGCUCUGGUGGUGAAGGAGGCCAACCUCUGCCACACGCAUGGCACCCCGGAGACGGUCUUCAACAAGUCUGCCCAGAACCGUGGGCUGCAGGGGGAGGAGCGACGAAUGGCCAGUGUUUUGCUCAGAGCUGGAGUACCUUUAGUAAGAGUUCAAGAGUUUAUAGCGAAGGCAUGUGACAAAUAUCCUACAAACAAAGACCGGCAGAACACCACAAGCGGAGUGAAAAGUUCUCCCGAAAAUAUGAAGGCGCUUGAAUUUGAAUACCUGUCUGAUCUUGAUAAGAUUAUGUCUGAAGAUCCAGAGGCUGAAAUAGAAAUGGUUAACUUUGACUUGGUUCCUGGAGCCAUCUACAUUCAGACCAGUGUGAUGAGAAAGAGAAUGAAAGCACUUAAAGAUGGGCUGCUCCAGGUUGUCCCGUACUCAGUGAACAGUGAGGGAAUGUCUGUGUUAAGCAUUCUCGGCAUUGACUCGGAUUUUAACACACAUGUGCUCUCUUUUUGUUUGGUAGUAUCGGGGGCUGAGGCGUCCUUUCAGUAUUUCAUAGAGGCUUUUGUGAGGAAUAAUCCAGAGUUUUGCGAUACACUUUUGGGAAUUGUAGUGGAUUGCAGUAAAGAUAGCGUUGAUUUUGUUCAGCUUAUGGUUCCACAAACGAAUAUAGCGUGGAGCAGAUCACACAUUUUUGAGAAGUUCACAGAAGAAAUAAAAGUAUCUGGUAAGGAUUUUCACAAACAGUUUCAGCUAAGAAAAGAUUUGAUGAAUGCGCAAACUGAAGACGAAUAUGAUUCGAAACUGAAAGAGCUUUUGAAUUCUAACUCGACAUCCAUUUCCAAGGAGUUCCUUAGAACAUGGGACUCUCUUAAGGAGUUGUGGGUCCAGUAUGAAAUUUCAUCUGUCAGAGGACUGUCCUAUCAGAAGUGUGCUGUUGAAAUGGAUUAUACCAAUUCACUCAAAGACUACAUCAAGUCGAGCUCUACACUCUCUGAUGUGAUUAAAUCUUUAUUUCGUUUUGAGAAAAGUAGCGGAAAAGGGGAGAAGGAGAAGCUGUCUGUUAUCUUGAACUUAGAUCCGUGUUUUGAGGCUUAUCGUAGUCUCUGCUUCUCAGAGGCUGCCCGGGCUGUGUGCUCCCAAGUCACCAUUGCCCUGAACAGCUCUUACAACUUUAAGGUACAGACAGACAUGAUAUUUGUAAAGAGACGAGAUAAUGACGAUGAGUUUAUUCUCAAUACCGCCGGCAACAAAUGCACAUGUCAACACUUCAUGGAUUCUGAACUGCCCUGCCAACAUGUCUUUGCUUUCCUAAAACACUCUAACAAACCGUUGUAUGAUGAAGCUCUUAUACCUGAGAAGUGGCAAGUGUUUGGCAAGUCAUUGACCUUGGAUGCCCUGGCUGAAUCCCUUGCCCGAGGUCAUGUGCCGUCGUCAGCGCAGCACGACGAGCGUCUGCGAGAACUUCAGACUGUGGCCAGGGACAUCCUCAGUGAGUGCUCCUUGCAUUCGUAUGAGCAGAUGGGCAAGGAUUGGACUCUGCUCACCCAAGUGCUGGCUGUCUUGAAGGACAGACAGUCUCACGCGGCCAAACUUGUUCCUGGCGAUGCUUCAGUGGAUGAAAUAACACCCAGUGUUCAGUCUUCUGAGGUUGGAUCGUUGCCAGUGCGAAGGAGAGGACGGCCCAGGAAGGUGGAUAAGGUAGCUAGUAGGAGCCCGGCUAAGAGUGUUAGCGUUACGAGUACUACUGUCAGACAUAACUUGAGGACCAAUAUCAAACACAAGUUUGUGAAGCGUGAGCCCGUUUUUGAUGAGGCAGAGGUAUCAUCUGACGUUUCACAAGAGGUCGUAAACAGUACCAUAGAAGAUGCUGAGAACAACUGUCCUUCCAGCAAUAAAAUUAAUGAAACGAUAAGUUCACCGCAAAAUAAAUUGCCAUCAAUCGUUGGUCAGACUAUAUCAGUAACUGAGGAAGAGAUGCCUUUGCGAGAUAUGGAAGAUAAACAGAAUUCUUUAGACCCUUUGAAGCCUAUCCCUGACAAAGAUCUGGAACAUUCACAAAGAUCCCCCGAGCAUCAGGACCCCAAGCAAGGUGUACGGUGUGGCUACAGUACAGACACAUCUGCCACGGGUCAGCGACCGGCUGCUGUCAAACGUUCUCACUCUGAAGUGGACGAGAGCAGUUCGGAGAGUGCUAACUCUUCAGAUGACGGGGAUGAUGAAGACGAGGAUGAAGAAGUGAAUCUGGAAAAGCUUAAGGCGAAACGAGCAAUGAAGAGGAAAGAGAUAGAUCUGUUUCUCGAGGGGAUGUCGGAAGACGUCAUCAGUGAAGUACUUCAGGUUGCCUCCACAGCUGAUUCAGUGGAGGAGUCCUUGAAGGCUGUUGGUUCUUGUCAAGCGAAAAAGCCUGUUGAUGUUCUCAUUCACAGCUGUAAAGAUUCUGAGCUGAUGGAUUACGCUGCAGAAUGUCUCAAGAUUUCUCAUCCGGGCUUUGACCUUAAGUCUUACAAAGCUGCUGCCAGUGUGGUGUGCCGAGCCCACGGGAUAGGGACCCCAGUCCAGCAGGUCCUACAGUCUCUCAGUGCGUGGCCGGGACACCUGCCCCGCGUCCCCUCCUCUCGUCCCUUCGAGGAAGAGAUUGCUCUGAACACUGACCAGUGGUUGACUGUCUGUGGACACAAACUGGACAAAGGGGACCUUGCGACUCUGCAGUCAAGUCGGGAGCUCAGCUCCAAUGUGAUCCAUGCCUAUUUGGAGGUUCUGGCACAGAAACACAACGGCAAAAUGUUCAUCAUCCCCUUUGAUGUUAUCCAUUUGUGGCGACAGGGAUCGUACAGUGAUAAGAUAUUCAAGAAGGUUCAUUUCAAGACAUUUGAGUAUUUAGUCCUUCCUAUUCACUGCGGUGCUGAGUUCUCGGAAGCUGAGAGACAGGGUGUGAAACUGGAGAAACCCUAUUGGAUGGCACUUGUGGCUGAUGUACAGAAUAAGUCUGUGUGUGUGUUGAACCCAAGGACAGAGGAUAAAUAUAGCAUCGCUGCCAACGGCUAUAUGUUACAGUGGAGGAGAUACAUGCAGAUCCGCUCAGUGCACACUGGGGAAAUGCUCUCGAUGUGGAGAUCUCGAGUCCUAGACUGCAGCAAGCAGAUGGAAGAUCACACGUCAGGGUUGCUCAUGUUGAUGAACGUAGAGGCCCUUGUAUGUGGCGUCCACCCAGCGGUGAUGACCGAAGCCCACAUCCCCGGCUACCUCCACUACAUGGCAGUGACGCUCCGCGACAUGGACCGCGAGACCACCGUCCUGUGUGUGGGUGGGCCCGAGUGCCAGCAGCUGGCGGCCAGAGAUGCAGACUGGCUUCAGUGCGAGAACUGCCGCACCUGGUGGCACCGCGCCUGUGCCGGACACUCGGACAGCCAGAACGUCUUCUACUGCACCUCGUGCCAGCAGAGGAUUCGUCUGACGGGUCAGAGUGCGGAGACUAUGACGCUGGAGGAGAACUCCGAGUCUGUUCUGGAGGAUUCAGGGGCCGUGGUAGAAGAAGGUUCGAGCGACGAUAUGAAGAAGGAGCUGGUUGUUCAGGUGUUUGAAGAAGCAAAUGACAAUGUGCAUAAUGGUCAGGAAGGAGGAUACGAAGUGUCCAUGGAGAACGGUGACCGUGACGAGGAGGAGGAGGAGGAAGUGGUUGAUGACCAUGUGCCAGCAGUCAGCCAAGUGUAACAUUCAACUCACUAAAACUAAUUUUAAACCAUAUGUGUGGUAGAGCCUUUGGCGCGUAUCAUUUCCUCUUUUUUUUUCUUCUAACUUCUUCAUUAUUCUUUCCCCUGGGCCAGGGGCUCCACCAUAGGAUGAUAAACCAAAAAAAACUGUACAACUUUUUAAAAAAAUAUUUUCCUCCAAACUGAAUUUUUGCGCUUCAAAUUUGUACACAACAUUUGGAAGUCAAAAGGAAUUUGUCUGAUAUUCAUUUUAGAAAAAUCCACAGAAUAGUUUUGUUUUACACAGCGUGUAACAAAACAACCCAUUUUCAGCUAUGUCUCCGUUUUUGUAGCAUGGCGCACUAGUUCGCAUAAGGCCUACA